AUGAAAAGUAUACGAGGGUUGAUGCACACAACUAGUGUUGAAGCUGCCCAUGAUCGAAAGACAACAUUCGCUACCACAUCAGUUGUCGGACACAAGAGGAGUCUAUCCAACACCGGAGAUGAUCACAAGCCUCGACUAUCCACAUCUCGGACCACUGUCCAAUUCCAGCGCGCCAUCAGUCUACCCAGUGCUCCUCCCAGAAUCUCUCCUAGUCGCAUUGUGAACCUCGACGAGCGAGUCGGACCCUCUGAGUAUUCUCAACGGAGAUCGAUAGCUGCGACUCCUACAGCCUCUCACGACCCCGAGUUGGCUCUGAACCACCCGACAUAUGGCCUACCACGGCAUUUGGUGGACAACUUUGCUUCUCUUGGCAUCAAGCAAAUAUACCCAUGGCAAAAAUCUUGCCUCAAGGGACCUGGCCUCUUGACAGGAGAGAAAAAUCUCGUCUAUUGCGCCCCCACCGGUGGUGGCAAGUCGUUGGUUGCUGAUGUACUUAUGCUCAAGAGGAUAUUGGAAGAAAAGGGCACAAAGGCACUUCUUGUUCUGCCCUAUGUGGCUCUUGUUCAAGAGAAAGUUCGAUGGCUUCGAAGCGUGGUGCAGGGAUUGCGCCUUGCGACCGAAACAGUCAUCGACGACGAUAAGCGCAUCUGGCGUCGACGAGCAGACGAAGGUACGGUCCGUGUCGUUGGUUUCUUUGGGGGUGGAAAAGUCCGAGCAACAUGGGCAGAUUUUGACAUUGGCGUCUGUACCCUGGAAAAGGCGAAUGCGCUUGUAAACACCGCAAUUGAUGAUUGCUCCAUCACCAAGCUUCGAGCAGUUGUGCUUGACGAGUUGCACAUGGUUGACGAUGAGCACAGAGGAUAUCUUCUAGAGCUCGUGGCUACCAAGCUGCUGAGUCUUGAGCAGCCUAUCCAAAUCAUCGGCAUGAGCGCCACACUUCCGAAUAUGGACUUGAUGGCUCAGUGGUUGGACGGUCAUUGCUAUGAAACUCGCUACCGGCCUGUUCCUAUAGAAGAGCAUCUUGUAUAUGACGGAAAUGUCUAUCCCGCGGGUUCUACCAGCAGCCUCAUAAGGACCGCGGCACAGCUAAAUAAUCGGCCCACCCAAACACAGUCGCUCACUAAACCUAUCAGGCGGAUUGAGCCAUCGACGCACAAGGAACUUCGUGAUCCGGUUCUCAAUGCAGUCGUCACGCUCGCUUGUGAGACUGCAACUUCUGGCUUUGGUGCCCUCGUGUUUGCUGGCAGCCGUGACAUGUGCGAGUCGGAUGCUCGAUGGAUCAGUCGUGCGAUGCCUCCUCCAAAUGAGCUCCGCCCCGAAGUUGUCGAUAGGAGAAUGGAUCUGUUGGGCGAGCUUCGAGGUUUAAAUACCGGCGUUGACCCAGUGCUGGAGGAGACGGUGCUAUAUGGAGUCGCGUUUCAUCAACCCCAAACAACAAAGGGAGUCAAAGCGUUUCUGACAAAACAGGCCGGUCUAACAACUGAAGAGAGGGAUCUCAUUGCAGCGGGAUAUGAUGAUGGGGUUCUUCUCGUCUGUGUCGCCACUUGUAGCCUUGCGGCUGGGAUCAAUCUGCCUGCAAGAAGAGUAAUUCUUCACAACUGCCGGAUGGGGCGCGAGUUUGUUGGGCCGUCCAUGCUCAGACAGAUGCGAGGGCGCGCUGGAAGGCAAGGCAAGGCGCCUAUCGGGGAGACAUAUUUGUGUUGUCGAGAAAACGACCUUGAGCAGGUUGUAGAGCUCAUGAAUGCCGAGCUGCCCCCAGUCACGAGCUGCCUCAACACUGAAAACCGUCGCAUCCAGCGCGCGCUGUUAGAGGUCGUCUCCAUCCGCCUAGCAACGAGCCAUGAAUCCAUCCAUGACUAUUUCUCUAAAUCACUGCUGAGCCAUACUCAUUCAGGCAAAUUUGUCAACGAGUGCAUCACCUCAAGCUUGGAAGAGAUAGAGCGAAUGGGUUUCGUGGAGCGUGAUUCUUUUUCGAUGCUUACUGCAACGCAACUUGGCAAAGCCAUUGUGGCAUCAGCAAUUGACCCCGAUGACGGCAUCUUCGUCCACAAGGAGCUCAGCCGAGCGCUUCAGGCGUUUGUCAUGGAUGGGGAGAUGCAUGUGCUCUACACAUUUACGCCAGUUCAGGAAUUCGGCAUCACGGUAAAUUGGCAGGUAUUUCGAAAUGAGAUGGAGGGUCUCGACGAAAGUGGUUUGCGGGUACUGCGACUCUUGGGGAUCAAGCCCACCACGAUCCUUAGAUUGGCUCAAGGUGCUACCCUCCGAGAAGUUACUCCAGAGGAGAAACAAUUAGCUCGUGUCCAUCGCCGUUUCUACCUUGCUCUCCAGCUGCGAGACCUCUGCAAUGAGGUACCGAUACACCUGGUGGCACGCAAAUACGACGUGCCUCGCGGGACUGUCCAGAACCUUUCGCAGACGUGUCAAGGCUUCGCUGCGGGGAUGAUCAAGUUUUGCGAGCAAAUGGGAUGGGGUGUCAUGGCUGCAGCUCUGGACCACUUCUCAGACAGACUUAUUGCUGGCGCAAGAGCUGACCUGUUGGCACUGGCCAAGAUCCCCUUUAUCAAGAGUCGUACAGCUCGUGUAUUUUGGGAGAAUGGAUUUCGAACUGUCGCUACGAUCGCCAACGCAGAUCCAGCGGAAUUGCUCCCCGUGUUAAUGCAGGCCCAGCCAAACAAGAUUCGACUAAAGGGGAAAGACAACGACAAGUACGAAGAAAAACUGAUGGUCAAGGCAAAGGUGAUAUCAGAUGCCGCCAACAAGAUCUGGAGGCUCCAGAUGCAGGCUGAACUGGAGGAAGAGUAG